CAUGAUUUUAUUUUGCCCCUGCUACAUGAAGAUCAAAAGCUAGCUUCCAGUGCCACUUACUUCCAACAGGUGCAGGGUAACAUGAACUGCACUCACAUCCUUGGAAGCUCUAUGUAGUAACUGUUCCCCACCCUCAGCUUCACCAGCUGUUACAACUUCCAAUGACAUCUCUUUGCAAGCUAAUGCUGUUUCAUUCGGCACACUAGCCAUUAGCUGGAGAAUCCACAUGAGGUAAAUUAUAUUCCUGCAUAGAAUAUCAGACACACUAAUUGAACAUUCUGUCUCAUUGCUCAUAUUCAUGUGUGUACAUUUGUACUUUAACUACAGGGCUUAAGUGAGCUAAGUAACUAGGGUAUAGCAGUAUUAUGAUCAAAUUACUCUAAUUGUAUCUAAAGGUUUGGACUAUCCGUGUAGAAAUACAAGUUUGAAUUCCACAACAGCUGGAGAAUUUAAAUUUAUGACAGACAUUUGGAAUUAAAGCUAGUAUCAGUUGAGACGACCAUAAGAUCACUCAACUGUAAAAAUAAAAUAUUUUAUUUGGUUCUUCAGGGAAGGUAAUGUCCUGCCCUUACGUUGUCUAUGUGUAAUUCCAACUGCUCUGGUAAUCAACUCAAUUAGGCAUGAUCAAUAAUAUUGGUUUUGCCAGUGAUAUACAUUAUCCAAAGAAUGAAUUAAUAAGAAUCAGAAAAAUACCUGAAUUAACUUCCAAAGUCUCAUGACAAGCACUUCCAUAAGACAUCAAUUGAAGUCAUCAUGGUACAACUCUGUAAGUCAUGAAUUUCCUUAGAAUGCCUUAGAAUACUCAAUAGUGACCAAUACCUACUGGUCUGUUGUCUUUUUCAGGCUGUUUCUUGAGCCCUGGCAGACAUUGUAUAAGAAACACUCUGUUGCAACAUGUGGGAGAAAACAUUUACUGUUGUGGCACUGUCUGCUCCUAGCACUUGCAAUAUAUUACAAGAAAGCAUUUGCCAUUACCUGGACAUUGAGUCUUUCUAGCUGUGAUUUGGAAGAAGCCUCAGCCUUGACAUUGUCCUCAGGCAUGAGCUACUCUGCUUAUGCAGAACAGACAAUCUGACUUUGAACCUUGGCAUAUGAAAUCAUUCAACUGAGAAUGAAAAAGAACACAGCAUUGGAAGGAGAAAGGUAUGGUUACGGUGAUAGAUGCUGUUUCAUAGCCUUUACUUGGAUGCUCAAAGGUUGUGUGGCCUCUACAGAGUUAUGCUUGGCAUCUCCUUGGGGAUAGAGAGGACCAUGGGUUUAGGAGAGUUGGAUUCAGCUAUUGAAGUCCAUGAAGAAUUCAAGAUAUUGACCCAAACAGGAAUGAUGUCCUGCUGAAACACUAAGCAGUUAUGGUCUAAAUUAAAAUGCAUGUCAUCAGGCUUAAUAAUUUGUAGAUUGAUCCUUGAAAGAAGCACAAAUUGAACAUAUCAGAGGGUGCAAUGUUUGGGUGUAAGAGUGAUGUGUGGGAUCCAUGGGAUAUUGGCACCAUUUCUGGAUUGACCUAUUCUUAAAGCAGGCUAGGACACAAGUCCCAGAAUAUCUGGUCAUUUUGAGUACAGACAAGAAAUUUAAGGAAGUAGGUGGAAGGUUCCAGCUAAGUAUGUAUGUCCACUUAAAGGAUAAAUCAUUGUCAUAAAAUAAAGAAGCAAAUUUGUUAGAGCAGUUUCUAAGGAGCAGGUGCAGAUGGGAAGCUUCAGAUCUAUGACUAUUCCAGGGAAGGUGGGACUGUUCAAUCAAAUUGAUUUGCAACUGAAUUGGAAGGAAACCAAUAUCCUUGGGGGUGGAGGAGUUGCUAGUUAAAAAGUGUUUACGAAAAUUAGGUGGUUAAAUCCUCUGGGCCUGACAAGGUGUAUCCUCAGACCUUGUGGGAGGCUAGUGCAGAAACUGCAGGGGACUCUAGUAGGGAUAUUUAAAACAUCCUUAGCAUCAGGUAAGGUGUUAGAGAAUUGGAGGAUGGCCAAGGUUGCUCCAUUGUUUCAGAAAGGCUCUAAAACUAAGCUAGGAAGUUAUAAGCAGGUGCAACUGACAUCAGUAGUGGGUAAGUUAUUGGAAGGUAUUCCAUGGGGCCGAAUAUACAGUAGAUUCAGGUUAAUUGGGCUAUUAGUUAAUUGAAGCAGCCUCUUAUUUGGGAUAACUGUUAAAGAACAAAAGCUAAUUGAGAAAAUAACCGGGAUUCAAUUUCUUUAUUUGGGACUCUAUGCUGCUUAAUUGGUACAGAAGACUGUUGCUGAACAGUUUCUAACUAUUGUCAGUCACAUGUACUUGUAUGACUGUUAGACACCACUCUGUGCUUAAAGCAAAGUUUUUAAAUAGCAUUAGUUACGGGUGUUUGUCGUCAGAAAGCAGUUUCUGUCACUGAUGUUGUGAGAAAUAAGCAGGUAGGCAAUUCAGAACUAUCUUGAACACUGCUGUUUCAAGCAUUCAGGCAUGGAGAUGCCAGAAAAGGAUAAGAGUGAAAAUGAACCAAUUUUACUACUUCAACGAGUUAGGAACUAUGAAGAACUUGAAGGUAUUAAUAAUUGUCUUGAAUACUACAAUGUAAAUGAAUAUUUGGAGGAUGCAACCAUCAAUAGCAUUAUAUGAAGUCAGUCCAUUAUUUACACUAAGUGUGCUGAUUUUGUUUAUUUACUGUCAACCAAAAGAACUGUACACUGGAUAAACUCUUCUGUCGAGGCACUAAUUAAUAUACCGUUUUAUUGUACUGUAGUAGAAUUGGUAGUGUUUUCAUUUGUUCUAUAUUUCAUUUAAAUAUAUAAUUUGUUAUGCAGUUGAAUGGGUUGUCAUUCUCCUACCAUUUUAACUAUUUCCAUGAAACUUCAGCUAAUUAGGGUAGUCGCUUAACUGGGCAAAAAUUUAUUGGUCCUGAUGUGUGCAAAUAAACGAAUCCAUUGUAUAAAUAUUUGGAUAGACAGGGACUGAUUAGGGAUAGUCAACUUGGAUUUGUGUGUAAUAGGUUGUGUCUAACCAAUCUAGUUUUUCAAGGAAGUUCCCAGGAAAGUUGUUGAAGGCAAAGCAGUGGAUGUUGUCUCCAUAGACUUUAGCAAGGCAUUUGACAAGGUCCCACAUGGAUGGCUGGUCAAGAAGGUUCAGUUGUUUGGCAUUCUGUUUGAGGUAAUAAAAUGGAAUAGACAUUGGCUUUGCAGGAGAACCCAGAGAGAGGUAAUAGAUGGCUUCCUCUCUGACCUGAAGCACGUGACAAGCACUGUGCCACAGACAUUAGUGCGGGGUUCAUUGUUGCUUGUCAUCUAUAACCAUGAUCUGGAUGAUAAUGUAGUAAUCUGGAUCAGCAAAUUUGUGGAUGACACCAAGGUUGGGUGCAUUAUGGAUAGCAAGGAAGGCUAUCAAAGCUUGCAGCAGGAUCUGGACCUGCUGGAAAAACGGGCUGAAAUAUGGCAGAUGGAAUUUAAUGCAGACAAGUGUGAGGUCAUGUUGGGAGGACAAACCCAGGUAGGACUUACAUGGUGAGCAACAGUGCUCACUAUUUUCAGUGAGCACUGAAAAGUGCAGUGGAACAGAGGAAUCUGGGAAUAUUGAUCCCAAAUUCUUUGAAAGUGACAUCACAAGUAGAUAUGAUUAUAAAGAGAGCUUUUGGCACAUUGGCCUUCAUAAAUCAAAGUAAUGAGUACAGGAGUUGGGAUGUUAUGUUGAAAUCGUAUAAGGCAUUGGUGAGGCCUGAUUUUGGAGUAUUUUGUGUAGUUCUGGUCACCUACAUACAGGAAUGAUAUCAAGGACUUGAGUACCUGAGUUAUAGCGAAAAACCCAUAUAAAUAGAGUAGGACUUUAUUCUCUGGAGCAUAGGAGAUUAAGGGGAAAUUUGAUAGAGGCAUAUACGAAACUAUGUGAGGUAUAGAUACGGUAAACGCAAGCUGGGUGAGACUAGAACUAGAGGUAAUGGAUUAAGGGAAACAAAAGGGGGAACCUCUUCACUCAGAGGGCAAUGAGCCUGUGGAACAAUUUGCAGCAGGAGUGGUGGAUUCACGCUUGAUUCCAAUAUUUAAGAGAAAUUUGAAUAGUAUAUGGAUGGAAGGGUUAUAGAGGGAUAUGGUCCAGGUGCAGGGCGAUGGGGCCAGGCAGAUUAAUCAUUUGGUAUAGUGUAGAUAGGCCAAGGAUGCUUUUACUGUGCUAUAGUGUUCUAUGAUUUCUCUCAGCUCAUUUUGGACUGGCUUCUCUUAUCAAUCCCACCUUCCUGUACCCACCCCAUUCCCCCCGUAGCUCACACAAAUUAGGACACUAAUCUCAGCUCUACUGUCAAAAAUCUUAAUUAACUAUUGGUCCCUGAAUGCCUACAUAAUUAUUUAAAUUCAAGUUUCUUCUUUCAAAAUGAUCUGCACCUCUCUCAUAAUGCAUAUAGUUUUCAUCAUAUUGCAUUUGCUUUCCCUAAUGUUGAUCUAUUAUGUGAUUGCAAAUUUCAUGAUAGCUUGUUUCUACGUUGAUAUAUUUUUUCCAGAAACUGUUUCAUUGCACUCUAUGUAUUCAAUAAGUGAUAAUUUUACCUCUCAAUGAUGUGAAAUUCCCCUAUAAUAAUUGGUUACCUUUGCUUCAAGUUUCUCCUAUUUCUUAUUUCUGUUUGCUCCACUCCCAUCAGGGAGGAGGCUAUGUAGCAUCUGUGCUAGUACCACUACUCAAAAAGUUACUUUCCCCAAGCAGUAAGGCUGAUUAACUCCUCCACCCACUAACUCACCCCUGCACAUCCCCCAACUAUGACUAUUUUAUCGUUUUCAGUCAUUCUCCUGAUGUACAGACAUUCCUGUGCCUAGCGUCACUUCAUGGACAUACAAUCUAUCAAUUUACAGUAUAUAAGCUAUCUCAUAUUUAUAUUCUUGUGAUUUUUAAAAAUUAUUAUGUUCUUUAGUUUAUUGUUUCUUUUUGUGCUGCAUUGGAUCCUGAUUAACAAUUAUUUUGUGCUCCUUUGUACUUGUGUACUUAUGGAAGUGACAUUAAACAAAUUAAUUCCCUCUCUGUGUGUUGUAUCAGAGGCCAAUCCAAAAAUGGUGCUGCUAUCCCAUAGAUCCCCGCUAAUAAAGCUGAAUAUAUGCCAUUGGGAAACUGUCAGAAUCCAUUAUUUAAGAGGUAAGAGCAGAGCAUGUAGAAAACAUGAUGUUUUCUGAUAGGGAAAUAAUUUUUGAGCAAUUUGCUAUGCUUUAAUAAUUUAACAAAUAAAGUGGUUAAAAUGGAACCAAUGAAGGUAGUGUACCUGGAUUUCUAUAAGGGAUUCAGCAAGGUACAUAUAAAAGUUACAACAUAUCUCAAGAGCAUACAAACAAAAGAGUGGCCACCUAACAGAAAACAUAGUUGAAAUUAACAGAUCAUUCUUGGAUAGGCAGUCAGUAAUUAGUGUGGGGUCUGAACUAUUUACAAUCUAUAUUAAUGAUAUGGACCAAUGAACUUAGUGUAGUGUAGUCAAGUUUUCCGAAAUGUGAAGUUAAGUGGAUCAGCAGGUUUUGAGGAGUACGUGAUAAGUCUUCAAGGUGAUAAGGCCAGCAUUGGCAGAUGGAGUAUAACAUAGGAAAUGUGAGGUUAUUGACCUUAGAAGGAACAAUGAAGAAGCAAAAUAUUAUUUAUAGAGAGUGAAGUUACAUGUGCGAUAGAAAGGAAUCACAGCACAAGAAACACACAAACAAAGCAUGUACGUAUCAGGGAGUCAUCGGGAAGUCCAGCAGGAAACUGAGGCUGAGGCUCCAGGGUUCAAGCCUAUGGACUCACUUUUGUUUUGAAUGCUGUCAGGUCCUGCUCCGUCGUGUCUGCAAGCUUUGUGAUGACUUACAAGCUGUGUAAUGAACUGAGGCUGAAGAUAUUCUACUCUGGGCUUUGGGUCUGUGAAUGUACUUUUGUUCUGAAUGCUAUUGCUUGGAUGAUUUGUUUUUCUCUCUCUCCCUCUCUGUGCAUUGGGUGUUAGGUCUUUUUUAAACUUGGCUUCUUUCCGGUUUCUUGUUUUGUGGCUACCUGUAAACAGACGAAUCUCAAGAUUGUAUAACUUAUACAUACUUUGAUAAUAAAUGUACUUCUGAAUUUUGUAAUCUAAAGGAAUGAGAAGUGAUUUAAAGAUUUAAGAAUCUUUGGAGACUGCCUGAGUAGAUGUGACCUCUUGGGUCACAAUUUCAGACAAAGAUCACCAGAUGCUGCAGGUGAAGUUUUAGUCUCCCUUUCACAGUAUGUGUUAAAGGCAUUGAGCUCAUCUGGGAGUGAAGCAUCACAGCCAUUCAUUAUGUUGGAUUUCCCCUCAGGAAGUAAUGGCCAGAGCUGACAUCUCUAAUUUCAAUCGGAAUUGUUUUUUUCUCCCUUAGAAUAGCCUUCCAUAGGUUGUACCUGGACUUCUUGAAUAGUUCUGGUCUACCAAUCUUGAAUGCCACAGACCUAGUCCCCAGCAGACUACAAACCUCUUUGGCCAUCUGUAGCUUUUGGUUUGGUAUGCUCUUGAAGGCACACACUCAUCCACACUGGUCUUGAAGAAGUCAGUGGCAACUGUGGCAUAUUCAUUCAUAUUUGAAGAUGAAUCCCUGAAUAUUGUCCACUCCAACUCUAAGCAGUCCCAUAAGAGCUUCUCUGUGUCCCUUGACAAUACCUUCUUGGUCCUCACCACUGGUGCUGGAGUCUUCAGUCUCAACCUAUAUGCCUGGAGUGCAAGUACAGUCAGGUGAUUGGACUGUUCAAAGUGUGGGUGUGAGAUAGCACAGUAAGUGAUCUUGAUGGUGGUAUGAUAGUGGUCAAGUGUGUUGGCUCCUCUGGUCCAUAGGUGGUAUGUUCGUGGUAGUUACUCAGACUUCUUCAAGCCCUGCAAUGAUCUGGAUGUGCUGUUUCUUGACUGCUGAUCAUGGUGCUCAGCUCUUCCAGUGCCUGCCUAAGUUUGAGUAUACACCACUACCAGGAUAAUGGCAGAAAACUGCCUAUGAAAAUAAAAUGGAUGGAAUUUGACCACUAGAUGUUCCAGGUUGGGUGAAUAGGACAGGAGUGAGGCAGAACUGUCAUAUCUGUGCAUCAUGAUGAGUUAAUACUAAAGUAUAUUCCAUCUUCUCUACUUUUAAAAAGACUGAGCUGUGCUGUCUUUGCAAAGAAAGGUGAAGCUAUCAGGCUACAACAUUGCAUCUAAAAUUGCAGAAGUGAGCCAUGUUUCUCUGAAUCAAAGUAUACAGCAGUCCCUGAUAUCCCUCUGCUACAACAGUAGGAAAUUGCUAUUGCUUUGCCUGGAGUAAUGAAGUUUGCAAGAAUAUCUGAUGGGACAACUCUUAAAUUAUGAAGAGUAUACACAGAGAAGAUAGAAACUCUUUCUAUUGGCAGAGCGAUCAAGAAUUAGGAAAUAAACAACGAAAGUGAUCGGCAAAAGAACAAAAAAUUGAGGAAUUUUGAAAUGUAAUAUCCAGUCACAGUUGAGAAUGAAUGCCUUGGGUUAAGUGUGGACUGAUUCAAAGACGUGUAGCAUAAGUAUCCAAAAGGAAAGCAUUUGCCAGACAAUGCGUGGAGGACAGAAUAGUGAGUCCAGGUAGGUCAUUCUUGGACGGAGCCUAGAGACUUUAAAGGGCCAAAAGAUCCUUCAAAAUGUAACUAUUUUGUCAGUUAUUAAAAGUUAAAGAAUACUCAUCAAUAUUUACUAUUUCUAGAUUUUGCCAGAGAAAAUAUCCUCCCUACACCCAGCUUGUUAAAUUCUAUCACAGCACUAAACUUCACAAUAAAACAAUCUUCCGUUCUUCUAAACUGUAGUGAAGUCAGCCUUAGUGUUCUAUUUUCUGCUCAUACAAUAUUCCCACCAUCUGAGGAAUGAAGCUGGUGCACUCUUGCUGCACUCCCCCAAUGACAAGGAUAUUAUUUUCUAGAUUACUUCUGCCUGGCAGACCAUUAGGUUUGUGCUUGUUUUGACCACUCGAUCUUCAAACUCCUCAGAGGUCCAAGGGCUGUGAUGAUGCAUGAAAGCCACCAUCAAUCUCUGCCUUUAUUGGGAAGUGGCUCCUGGAAAAAAUGGGAAAUGAUCCACACUUUCCAGGUGAAGGGUCUCAACCAAAACAGCAACCGUCCAUUUUCCUCCAUGGAUGCUGUUAGGUUUCUUCAAUUUAUUGUCUAUUGCACCGUAUUUUCCAGGGUGCUGUGGAGAACACUUGUUGUCAGAGGUGGAUGUUGUACAGCUUCCAGGAGGGGAUGAACAAGUAUCCCCUGUUGGCUGAAUAACUGACUUUCUGGCUCCCAAUGAAAUACCUUCCCACCAAGACUUUACAGGUGCUGUCACUCACAAUCCGCUCCUAAUUGGUCCUCACUUAAUUCAUAGUGGUCUGCCCCUCGCUGCAUUGCCCUCUGGCGCGGAGUGAUCCAACCGAACAGCGUACCAGAGGCCGGGACCAGCUGGACCACGGAGCGGGGUCGGGGACGGACCACCAGGCGCCCCUCCGACAGCUCGACACCUCUCGCGAGAACUGGAGAACCGGCCGGAGCGCUCCUCUCCAAUUGGGCAGGUCCUGCCCGACGUCACCCACAGAAAGGUCAACUUGGAGCUGCUUUCUUCCACAGCUCGCAGGCCCUUAGCAGUUCGAACGAGGGAGACGAGGCGACGCAGCCACCGGCGAGCCCCGGUCCUGUCCCUCCGUCCUCUCUCAUCCUUCCCGGCUCCCUUCACCCCAGAGAGCUUCGACGCUCCCGCAUUCUGCUGUCGGCGGUGACGUCAAUAGAGCGACGGGGAUUCGACGUCAUCAUAAGAUGCCCGAGGUCGCCCAACUUUACGGAUUGUGAAGGCACUGGAAGAGUUUGAGGAUUUAAUUUAAAAUCCGCGAGGACCUGUGUUUGACUCUCGCCGCGUCUGCAUCUACUGACGCUGAUUUUCUUGUCCAACGUGUUUACAUUUUUUUCUCUCCCCUCCAGAAUAGCAGAUUUCCGAAGUCUUUUCAUUCAUUCCGCUUUCCAAAUAUUUACAAACGUGAAACACUUCCGAGGCCUAAUUAUCGCUCUUUGGGAACAAGAUUUGCGAAAAAAAACCUUUGCUGUUGUUGUGAAAACUUAACUUGCUGCUGCCGAGUACUUGUCAGAACUUCUAUGUGUUCAAGCUGAAAAUUUUCGAAUUUUCGUUUAAUUAGACUACAUUAUUGGUUCAGGUAACUCGUCGUCACUGUUAUGCCGCGGGAUAUCUGCAGCAUUUUCAGACUUUUUGCCAGAUUUAUACAGCAGUAAAUGCUGUUGCACAUAUAACUGGAAAAAAUGAACCUUUGAGUGAUCCUUAUGUUGUGCUGCAAUGAAAAGAAGCAGAGUCUUGUGGUGCUGUUGCUGGGAAGUUCACAUUGUGGGAUUCCUCUCUUUUUGGAGAAAGGGAUUUGCCAUGAGGUGUUGAUACCUUAUUUUAAAAUUCUGAGACAUAGGACCUAAAUGGCGCAGCAUGACUUUGCUCCAGCCUGGCUUAAUUUUCCAACUCCACCUUCAUCAACCAAGCAAUCACUUAACAUUGAAAAAAAUCCUGAAACAUUUGUCCGACCGGAGAAUCGUUAUGAUGUGAAUCGCAGGCGACACAAUUCUUCAGAUAGUUUGGAAUCUGCUGGGGCACGAUCUGGUGGAGGAAACUUUGGAAGAAAAGAGAAGAAUGGUUGGCGGUCACAAGCACGAGGCACCGAAACAGUAAAUCAACGAAGUGGCUACCAUGGAGGAAAUUCCCGAGCUCGAAGUGGUACUUUUCAUGGAGGAAAAGCCCCACCAUUGCACGAGAAUAACUUAACGGAAGAUGAAAAUGGAAAGAGGGAAGGAAAGGAGAAGUCCAAACAAUUUGAGGCUGAGGAUUUUCCAUCUCUCAAUCCUGAGUCGAAAAAAGAACUUGGCAAGAACAAAUCUAUUGCAGGAGUGUGGGAAAACCCUCCAAAUCCAAAAUCUAGAACGUCUAAAAUGCUGGUCAUUAAAAAGGUCCUUAAAGAAGAACCAAUACUACCAGGAUACCCACUGACAGGGGUUUCUCAUCCCCAGCCUGUAAAGAAUGGGACAGGACCCAGUGUAUAUAAGGGAUUGGUUCCCAAAGCUGCUGGCCCUCCAUCAAAGCCAGCACAGUGGAAAGGUUCAGCAAAGGAGAAUAAACACGGAACGCCAUUUGUCAGCUUCAACGCGCUCUUGAAACCUGUACCUCAGACCUUCAGUUCAUCACCAAACUCUUUAAAGGAGAAUAGUCGCUCAAAUUCUUCUUCACCAAUUGAUAUAGCAAGUCAGCCUCGUAUGUUGAAACUGACACGCAUGAGAUCUGACAAAAAAAGUGAAUUUCUGAAGACUUUGAAACAGGACAAGCCUGGGGAAGGGUAUGCUGAUGAUGGAGAUGAUAUCGAUAAAGAGAAGGAUUAUGAAAUGUUUAACAUGCAACACAACAAGAAUACUCAUCAGGAGAGAGACAAAAACAGAAAUUUUGAUAAAAAUGGUGAUUCCAGGGAAAAUGGAAAUGCUCGACUUCUAUCCCAGGCAACUAUUCGCUCUUCAGCAUUUCCCCAAUCUAAUAUUUUAUCAAGUUCGCUGGAAGCUGAGCAUAGGCUGCUCAAAGAGAUGGGCUGGCAGGAAGAAAGUGAAAAUGAUGAAACAUGUGCUCCGAUAACAGAGGAUGAGAUGAGGGAAUUCCAGGCCAUUAGUGAACAGCUCCAGAAGAAUGGCCUUCGCAAAAAUGGUCUUCUGAAAAAUGGUUUGAUUUGCAACUUCACGUGGAAGAGCACUUACAAGCCUACUGUUAAUGAUGACACAGAGACGAGCAGCAGUGAUACAUCUGAUGAUGAUGUGUGAGAGGUUAAAGAGAGACGUAAAAAUGAUUUGGGUAUAAUUAUUAUCAUUGUGGUAAACUGCCAAAAAUAACUGCAUUAAAAGCAGUACAAUACCCCACCAGAAGAAAUUUGAGGGGGCUUCUUUGUUCAAGAAUGGACAUUGUUGGACUUGGCCUAUUUUGAACUUUGCUUAAUGCUUUGUAAUGGCCUUUUGUAGUAAUGAGGAUUUCAGUUGGAUUUAGCAUUGAUCUGCUUCAUCACUGCUGAUCACAGGAUACAUUACUACAAUGUGAAAGAAAGUUAUUGAUCAUGGGAUAAUUCACAGAUCUAAUAAACCGAAUUGAAGUUAAAAUUGUGUAUUGUUCCAUGGAGCUUUUGGCUUAAAGUUGUUCCAUUUGUUGAGAAGCAGCAAAUUGGAAAAACCAGUAUCCUGCUUGCUGAUUCAUAUUCAUUACCAAAACUGGACUGUGAAAGUCCACUGUCUACAGAAAAACGGGUGAUCUAGCAUGUUGGUCAAAAGUGGAUGCAGUAAACUCGUUGUUGCCUAAACCUAAUGAGUGCUCUUGUACUGUUCCAAUUCUUUCUCAAAGUUAACUGCUUUUCUAACCAUUUGUAGUUUUUAAUCGUACUUCAAUUUGUAGAAAGAAGAAUUCUGAGAUCAAGAGCUUUAUCUGUGCAACACAAAGCCUUGAUAUUCAGGGUGGACUGUACAAAGCAAACUAUUGAAAAUUGACUAGAUUAUUUUGAUAAAUUAGUUAUUUACAAAUCUUACCAAAAGGUUAUGAUCACAGUUGCUGGAUCUAUUCACUAAAUGGAAUAAAAACUGGAUUUACAGCAAGUCUUUUGCUGGUCUGACUUUGU